AUGGUGGCCAAGAUCUUCUGGGGAGAGGCAAGUCGCACUAGUGAGCCGGACAUCUUGAACAAGGUCAGGGAGAUUGCUGAGGUGCACGAUACUGUAAAAGACCAUAUCCCCGAACUACUCUGGCACCACAGGUUCAUGAAUCCCACGUCCGCCAUCCGAGAAGCGCUCGGUGUUCCUGAACCCACUACGGGAAGUCGCGUGCUCUACAUUCUUGUAUUCCGCAAGCUUCUCCCCAUCACGAAGCUUCAGGGAAAAGAGCUUUUCGACGUCUGGCGUCAGUGUAUCUCAUGCCACCUUACUCUGUGGAAGAAAGGGAUCUAUCAUCGAGAUGUCAGCCCUGGCAACCUAAUGUGGUACUGGAAAGACGGGAAGCGGAUUGGUGUCUUAAACGACUAUGAUCUAUCCUCGUUGGCCAAUGGCCAAGGUCCUCAGGGUAACGAGCGCACGGGCACGGUGCCGUUCAUGGCGCGCGAGCUUCUUACCGAAGAUGAUCAACAAGGCAAAGUGAAACACUUAUAUCACCAUGAUCUGGAGUCAUUCAUGUGGGUUUUUGCUUGGAUUUGCUUGCGUUACAGGGAGGGAGUCUUUCUACCACGAAGAUUACGCUCUUUCGACGAGUGGGCGACAUUAGGUGCCGUUGCAUGUGGCGAAAAGAAGUUAGUUCUUCUCAACAACAUGACAGCUUUCGCACCCUCGGACAUAGACCAAGUUAUAUGGGAGGUCCUUGUGAACUGUUUUGUGGUGCUUAAAAUGGAUGCCGACAACCGAUACUAUCAUCGCCUUAAACGGCCAUGGUCAGUUGAAUACCAGCAGCCCAACGCCGACUCGGAUCUCGAUGCUUUUCUAUCUAAAUUUACAAGUUUAGAGGGUUGGGCUAAGCUCAGCAAACCCGAGUAA